UUUCUUGAAGCUAAGAAGUACAGAAUACCUCUGCCAAGUGAAUGGCUGUCGUCGUUACACACACCCAUCCUUUCCACCCUCCUACCCGCCACAACCACACCCUUUCAUAACCCCAAUUCUCCUUCAAUCUCCUUCUCUUCCUCCAUAGCCCCUCUCCGUAAUUGGUUUCCUUCUCCCCCAGCAGCCAUGGCAGCGCUGCAGCAAUCCCUUUCGCUAGCUUCCCCAGUCUCCCAACGCCACCAUUAUCAGCAACCCAGAGCAGCUCUUUCAGCAGGCUUGGCGCUCCAUUGCUCAAGAUCCCUCUUCAAUGGCCAGUCCUUGCGCCUACCUUGUAACCACCGCACGGCUUCCAUCAAGCGGAAUUCACAGGGUUCGUCCGGGGUUGUGGUGACAAUGAUGGCGAAGCCAUCAAUUCAGUUCAUCCAAGGAACCGAUGAACAGACAAUACCGGAUGUGAAGCUCACCAAGUCGAGGGACGGCACCAACGGCAUGGCCAUAUUCAACUUCGAGCAGCCUUCUGUGUUUGACUCGUCCGGUGAACUCGGCGACAUCACUGGCUUCUUCAUGAUUGACGAGGAGGGUGUGCUUCAGUCGGUUGAUGUCAGUGCCAAGUUUGUGAACGGGAAGCCGGCUCGCAUCGAAGCCAAGUACGUGAUGCGGACUCCCAGGGAGUGGGACAGGUUCAUGAGGUUCAUGGAGAGAUAUGCUAAUGCGAAUGGCUUGCAGUUUGUAAAGAAAUGAGGCAAUCUUUUGCUUGUGCACAUUAGUGGAAGUGAAGCUUCAGAAAUGUUCUGGUCUGGUACCGUCUUCCGGAAGUGUUUUGUUGAAUGAAAGCUAUGGUUGCCAUUUUGAAUUUUCCAAUGGCAUCCGAUUUUUCCAGAGGGAUUCUGCUUUGACCUAGAGCAUGUUACUUUCGUGCAUUAGAGAUCUCUUUUUGAGAAUGUUGUCUGGUAAAUGGAGUAUGGUACUCUCUUCUGUAUGAGAAAGGCAAAAGAGCAAGAAUCUUCAUUGAACAUUACACUAAUGUUGUAGGUAAGACAAGAUCAAGAGUCUUGACUUGUUGAAGUAAGCUGAAAAACGAUAACUCUAUCUUAGCCAAGUAGAAUAUCUAAAGAUGUAUCUGAAUGAGCAUGGAAUCCUCAUCAGGUGCAAUUCCAAUAGUAUGAAGUUAAGGUUGAACAAAUGCUACUUGGUUGUCCCUUCCGUAAAACGCCACUGUUAUUUCCUCUUCCAUGUCACUGAGAUAGGGCUUCUGAUCCUGGUGAGGUGAUUUUGAGAGUUUAUCCAUGUCAAAUGGCCCUCUGCAAAGCUCAGCUUCUCCCUUGUCAUUCUCUUCCUAGAUAUGAACCACAACCUAUAGCUCAAAACCUGAUUUCUUUGCUUGAAGUGGAGCUUUGUCGGUUUUACUCUGACCUUCACUCCCUCCGGAGCCUUCAGUUCCACCGAGUAUAUGGAAUUCGGUCGGCCUACGUUUGUUAGUUUCCUCCUCAUCAUCUUCCUCCUUGUUCCCUGCCUGAAAAUUACAGAAAUGGAGGGGUAAUUGAGGCUGAAACCUUUGUUCAUCUUCAGCAGCUCGCUGCAACUUGCGUUCCUGUGUGUGAUGGUGAAGAUCUCUGAUCUUGUAUACCCAAGUGUGCAUAGAUGAGUAACAUAAUCUUCUGGCUUGAUAUCAUAUAUCAGCCCUGGAUAGAUGGCUCUCUGGGGGUUCACAUGUCCAGCUCCCAUGGCGAAAACUCCAGCCGGUUUAUCGCCAUCCAUUAUGGGAUUCCCAGAAUGGUCAGUUACAUCUGCGGUGGUCAGCAUUGCAGAUUUAACAGCUGCAGGGCUCCAUUUUGGGUGAGCUGAUCUUAUCAGUGCUGCAAUUCCACUGACAUGGGGACACGCCAUGGAUGUUCCUGACAUGACAGUGAAAUUCACCCUUCUGGAAUCUUCUGGAAGACCUGUAGGCCCCAGGUUUUGAGGCCAAGCUGCAAUGAUGUUGACUCCAGGUGCUAUUACAUCUGGUUUCAGCACUGAGGGGUUGGUGAAGCUUGGUCCCCUGGCCGAAAACUGAGCCACUGCUGGUGCUCUGGACUUCCCAAUCACAGUUCCACCAAACACAAUGCGAGCUCUUGGAUUUCUUGUGGAGUUGAUAUAAGCUUUCAGACGAAGUGAUUCUGUGAAGCCCACCAAUGUUGCAGGCAAGACGUGGACAUCAACAGAAUCCUCCUCCAUAUUGAUGGCUGUGUUCGCUAGGAUCAUUGCAGCACCACCCGACUGCUUCACCACCUGACCCUUUUCAGCCCUUCCAUUGACACCUCGGUCGCAGACCACCAUCUUCCCCUGGAUCUUUACCUUGGGGAGAGAACCUGCAAAACAGAAUUCACUUCCCUUUUUGCCACCUGCUGGUGCGUAAACCAGUUCAAACUCCUUUGUGGUGCUUGGAAACUCGUUUCCCGGGAACAUGGAUUCCCCAGAGAGGAAUUCACCAUUCCCGAGUUGAACAAUUGCUGGAAACUCCCUGUCCAGUGUGCUUGCUCCUAUGGUUGCAAUCCAUGGAGCCUCAUUGGCAACUGAAUAUUGGAGAGGACCACUGUUUCCAGCUGCACAUACAACUGAAAUCCCAUGCUCCACUGCUCGAAAGCUACCGAUUGCUAUGCUGUCUGCAAAAAGUGGUAGCGGGAAUCCUCCAAUGGAGAGGGACAGGACAUCAACUCCAUCUCUGAUAGCUGUGUCCAUGGCAGCCAGGAUAUCAGAGCUGUAGCAGCCAUUUGUCCAGCAAACUUUGUAGACGGCAAUGUGAGCCCCAGGAGCCAUCCCUCGAGCAACACCGCCACCAUUCCCGAGCACGCUAGCCUUGGGAACCGAAGCACCUCCAGCGGUCGAAGAAGUGUGCGUGCCAUGCCCGUGGGAAUCUCUAGGCGAUGCAUAUUCUUGAAUCGUGUUUGCAGGCGACGACGAAGGAGAAGCCACCGUGUGACCUUUAGUGAAGAACCUCGCUCCAAUGAGCUUCCUGUUGCAGUUUGAGGAAUCAAAGUCUUGCCCUUGUUGGCAAAUCCCUUUCCAUUUCCCGGGAACGGGAGGCAUUCCCCUGUCGUUGAAGCUCGGACUCUCGGGCCAGACUCCGGUGUCUAGAACCCCAAUGAUGGUGCCGUGGCCGAAACCAGACUGGUACCAAGCAUCUUCUCUGGCAGGGGUGAGGCCCAUGAACUUGUAGGAGUAAGUAGUGUGGAGCUGAAGCCUGGUGUCCGGCCUAACGGCGACGACACCAGGCAGCUUCUUCAGCAGGUCCAGCUCGGAAUCAGAGAGCUGAGCAGCGAAGCCUUCCAUGGCGGAGGUGUAGGAAUAGAGGAGGCGGGUGGAAGAGUCGUCAGCUGAAACGGACUGCUCAAGGAAGGAAAGGUGCCAGUGAAACUUGGAGGGAAAUGCAGAGCUUGUUGGUGUGAAACCAUGUGGAUGUGGGUGGAGCUGGACAAUGUAGGUUUGCAGAGGCUUUGCAUGAAGGCAGAGUAAGCAAGAGAAGAGGACAUGGAGAAAGGUGACAACUUUAGCUUCCAUUUGGGAAGUAGGUCAAGAUCAAGUAGAUGCUUGGAGAUGGAUGCAUGGCUGGGGUCAAGAAUCUCAGCAGGUAUUUGUAGGAGCCGACCCUGAGUGUCCAAAUAGAAGAAUAUGAAACUCGUGAAGCAAGAAGAGCUCUCCCUCACGAGGAUCCUUUGUUGGCGGGAAGACAGAGAGAAGGAGUAAGGGUUAUCUUCCUUUGUUUUGUUUGCAAACUCAAAACUCAGUAAGAGAGCUCUUUCCUCACGGGAUGUUUUUUGGGUAGCUUUAUUACAAGUUCCCAUUGGCGCUUGAACCUUGAAUUUCAAACGGAAGGGAUCAAUGUCUGUCUCUCUCU